AUGCGCCUACUCAACACAACAUCCGGAAAGUUCGAACUUGUAUCUGUUCGCAAAAAUGUUUGUUAUGCUAUCUUGUCACAUACCUGGGAUGUGGGUGGCGAACAGGGGUAUACCGCCAUUGUGACGCUCCAAUCCGCGCCCUUGAACCCGCUCGACAAAGAACCAGACACGACUAUAUCCCCCAAGAUCAGGGACACAUGCAGAGUCGCGCGCAGCCACAGGUUCAAGCUGCUCUGGAUGGACACUUGCUGCAUCGACAAAUCCAGCAGUGCGGAGCUCAUGGAGUCGCUCAACUCCAUGUAUGAAUGGUACCGCCAGGCGAGUGUCUGUUAUGUCUACCUCACCGAUGUUCCCUCCUCCGACGACAUCUGGCGUCCCGGGUCUGCAUUUUGUGCUAGCAGGGGGCACACGCGUGGUUGGACCCUCCAGGAGCUCAUCGCCCCUACGAAUGUUGUCUUCCUCUCUUCGGACUGGCAUCCCCUUGGCACAAAGACAACAUUGGCUGUGCUCUUGGAGUCCAUCACGGUCAUCAAUACGAGCAUACUCCUCCACAAGACUCCGCUAAGUUCUAUCAGUGUCGCGCACCGGAUGUGGUGGGCUUCAUCACAUCAGACGACACGGGUCAAAGACGAGGCAUAUGCGCUCAUGGGCAUCUUCGACGUCAGGAUUCCUAUGGUCUACGGGGAAGGUCACAAGGCAUUCCUCCUUCUGCAGGAAGAGAUCCUGAAGACGAUUCCGGACCAGAGUCUCUUGGCAUGG